GGAAUUUUAUGACUCGCUGUAUUUUGAAUAGGACAAGGAGAUGUGUCUGAUAAGCUGUUAUGUCGCAAUAUGUGGAAAGUACCUGGAAAGCACAGGGAGAAGAAUGGGAAAUGCAUAAGGAUAAGCCUCUAACAGUGUGUGGGGGUAGACUAUAUACAUAAAUGUAGACAUCAAGAUACAUCACUCUGAGAUCACAGAAUGACAGCAGCAUGAAAUGUUAUGGCAAAGAGAGCACAACAAGAUACAAGAAUCUCACAAAUGCUCAAAAAUCAGGUGCUUGGCACAGUGAACUUUCUGAUCUAUGUAGGAUUUGUGCUGUGGUCCAUUUAUUGAAGAUGUGAAGCAACGUCGAGUCUGAGGUUGGAAUUACUGACAGACUGGAGGAGAUUUUAGUCCUUGUGAUGCACAUGGACAUGCUGAAUUAUAAGUAAUUCUAGCUUCUUCUCCCCUCCCUCCCUUCCCCUCACUCAGCUAUCUCAGGGUUCAUAGAGAUUUCAAUGGUUUGCGUGCCUGUAAGUUUGGAACAGAAGUGACCAAAAAUGGGGGACCAGCAAUUGUAUAAAACUAACCAUACUGCCAACAACAGUGAGAACUUGUACUACGAACAACACCAAAUGAACUCCCUUCCAUCUCUAAAUCAUAGCUAUGGGACAUCUGUUAUGGAUGCUCCCCAGGCAUCCCCCCUCUCCCCUCAGUUUCCCCAAGAUUCACGGGACAGUAUAGCUUUGCCUGUAGGUUCAAAAAGCCUCGGUUCAAUGCAUACAUCUAGACAAACCAGCUGGACACAUUCUGGCUCAGGAAACCAUGUCCCAGCAAGGAACAAUUUGAAUAAUCAAAGCGCAGUCUGGAGCCCCCUCGGGCAGGGGGACUCCCAUGAUGGAUACCAAUAUUCUUACUCUCAACCCAGUGAAAAUCGAUCGCAAAAAAUUACCAGUGGGGUCCUGCAUAAAUUGGACUCCUUUACGCAAGUAUUUGCUAACCAAAAUCUUAGAAUUCAAGUCAACAACAUGGCUCAGGUUUUGCACACCGAGUCUUCGAUGGUGGAUAAUUCUGGUGACAGUGCACUCAGGCAGCUGCUGUCCCAGAAGCCAGCGGUUGAGCAGCAGCCUGUAACUUCUACUGUACAAAGAUAUCAACCAGUGCCACAGCAAACACAACAGAAUUUUGCAAGCACACAGCAAAAGCAACAAAUGCAAGUCAUGCAGCACCAACAGUUGUACUACGACUACCAGCAGCACUUAUCACAAAUGCAGAUGCAUUCUGCAUUUCAGCAGGGACAGACGCACGUUCCACAAAUGCAGUCCCAGCAGCUCUUACCACAGCAGAUGCAGCACUUGCAGCAGCCUCAGUACUACGCUCAGCCACAGCAGGGACACCAGCGGCUCUCGAUCCAGGAGAUCCAGCAGCAGCAGCCAGCUCGGCAGCAGCGGCAGUGUCCAGUGCAAAUCGCUCAGUAUUACCAAACACAGCCUGUCAUGCAGCAGUUACAGCAACAACAGCAGCAGAUGCAAUUGCCACUUCCUCCGUAUCACAGGGAACCUGAUCCAAAGACUAUGCAUGAACCACACCAGUACUCUCAGGAUCCCAGUCAUCCUGUGCAGCUUAUCCAGUUGGGAGCAGUGCCUCAGUAUUGCUUCCAAGAUCCCCAUGAACAGUACAGGCACUUGUACUCACAGAGUUUACUGCAGCAGCAGCAGCAGCAGCAAGAUCAGCAGAAGCAAUACCAGAGCAAGAGCAGAGUGCCACCUCUGAACUCCCACGUUGGCCUCACUCCACCAGAGACCACGGAGGAUCCUGCACGGCAGGAGGUAAAUUCUGUAGGUAAUGCCAUCCCUCAUCGAACACUUUUGCCACCCUUGGGAGUGCAUCUGAACAACAAAAGCUCUCAGCAAGACUCUCCCAGCACCACAUGGCCUCAGCAGGUGCAACUGUCAGAAGGCAGACUGCAGCAGCUGUCCCCAGAACAAAGUGGCCAGAACAGAGAAACACUUCCUGAGAGAGCUGAUGCGAAGAACAAGCUAAUGUGUUCAAUAUGCUUGAAGGAGUUUAAGAGUUUGCCUGCUCUAAAUGGUCACAUGAGGUCACACGGAGGAGUAAGAGCAUCUCCUAACUUCAAACAGGAUGAAGGAGAGAAACCAGCACAGCAGCCGCUGCCUAAAGAGGUGGAUAGCCUCGCGCCCAUCGUCAUGCCAGUGUCUGUCCCUGUAAAGCUUCUGUCACCUGAGCCCAGCACGCAGCCCUCUGCCAGCGCUGCCACAGUCACAGACAAGCCUGCCAACUCUGUGUCAGAUGACGAGAUGCCCGUUCUCGUGAAGAUGACUUACUCUCCACCAUGCAGUCCAAAAGUGGCCAACCCCUGCUCAUCCUCUGAAACUAGCAAAAAACCUCAUCCAAGUGCUGUAAAAUUGGAAGAAAACUUCAAACCAUUGCAGGAUAAGAAGAAGUAUCGGCACAGACCGGAACCUCUCUUCAUACCUCCUCCUUCUUUCAACCUCAGCAUGUCCCACUCCGGUGCCACUCUGUACCAGAGUCAGCUUCGCUCUCCCCGUGUUCUGGGAGAUCAUCUGCUAGACCGGACACAUGAGCUCCCCCCCUACACUCCACCACCGAUGCUUAGUCCAGUUCGGCAAGGGUCUGGUCUCUUCAGCAGUGUUAUCACUUCAUCUCAUAGCACCUCACAUACUCAGUUGCCACUUACUCCACUGACACCUACUCCACGGGUGCUCCUGUGUCGGUCUAAUAGUAUUGAUGGAAGUGUCAUUCCAGUGACGCCUGGGCCUGGAGAACAGACUGUUGAACCGCGAAUCAAUAUCGGGUCCAGGUUCCAGGCUGAUAUUCCUGAGCUGCAGGACAGAUUGCUAAUGGAAAAAGACGUGCACAAGGCUACUUUGGUUUGGAAACCAUGGCCAGAACUGGAGAACAAAGUCUUCCAACAAAGAGUGGAAGACCUUUUAAAUAUGAGCUGUUCCAGUGUGUUACCUGGUGGAGGAACUAACUCAGAAUACGCUUUGCACUCUCUCUUUGAAGCGAAAGGAGAUAUUAUGGUUGCUCUUGAAAAGCUGCUGUUGCGAAAGCCAGUGAGAUUGAAGUGUCAUCCUUUGGCAAAUUACCACUACGCCGGUUCUGACAAAUGGACGCAUCAAGAAAGGAGGCUGUUCAAAGAGGCAUUGUCCACCUACAGCAAAGAUUUCAUAUAUGUACAAAAAAUGGUUAAGUCUAAGACAGUUGCACAAUGUGUGGAAUACUACUAUACCUGGAAGAAAAUCUUGCGUUUGGGACGGAAACACAGAACACGUUUAGAGAAAAAAAGAGAUGAAUGCCUGGUAAGUCUAAAAGAAUAUGAGAAAGUUUAACACUUGAUAAUUUUUUUUUGUACUGUGUUGAGAAGGUUGAACUAGGUGACAUAGGUAUCUUCCAAGCAAAAUUAUUCCAUAAUGCUAAAUUAUAUUCUGUAUGAACGUUGUGUGACCUCAGCUGCACCAAGAUCUGUGUUCCUGGACUGUAACAAGAUAAAAGUCCAUUAUCUAACUGUAGUCUAGCAGGUAAAUCUCUUUAAAUUAUGCCUGUGCCCAUGUCUGCUCCUAAAAGCUGCUCUAACAUUCUAGUAUAAAUGUCACUUGAGAUGUGUUGGUUUGUGAGUUAGAUUUUUUUUUUUGUUUAUUAAGUAACUUGGCUACAAGUGCAGUGUA